CUAUGGAAACUCCGCGGAACUCGCAUGGCAUCAUCUCAAGUGUCUGUAUCAAGCAAACGACAGCGUGACACAAAGCAGACUCAUGCAACAACUGACAACAAUACAGAUGAAGACCGGGGAAAAGGCGAUGCAGUAUAUGAGUCGCUGCCAGACACUCCGCGACCGCCUGCUUCGGUGCGGAGGAACAAUCACUGAGGAAAGCUUCGUGACGCUUGUCCUUGCCGGGCUCGGACCAGAAUGGAGAACCACACGCUCGCUUCUUCGCGCCCACGGAAGGAUCUCGGAGAUGCAUCUCUGCGCCGAGCUUCACGCUGAACAACAUGAGAUGGACCUGUUCGAAGAAAGACAACCAAGGAAGCAGCAGCAGUUAGUUUUCUACACUCAACGAAGGAACGGCAACAACUACAAUCGACGUGGCACGCAAGAUCAACGCGACAACAGAGGACUCACCUUCGUGCCGCCGUUCUGCCACAAGUGUCAGACUUCCGGACAUUCCAAAGUCCACUGCACACGUCCUCGUGUUUAUCGUCCAGUAGACCCACACGUCGCCUCCACUCAAGAAAGCCCUCCAAGGCGCUCCUGCACAUCUGCACAAGGGACACCGAACAUCAUUAACUGCAUGGUACACAUUGACAACUGUACACCCGGAUCACCACCCACCUACGCACCAGAUGAAGAAGAACUUCCGCCGCCGCGCUCACAAGGACUUCAGGUCAACCCGACAUACGCUGCGGUCGCCAACGCCGAACCCACCGGGCGAAAUACGUGGUUCUUAGACAGCUGCUGCGGUCAACACAUGUGUUCUUCCGGACGCUUCGUGCAACGAGAGCGACGCCUCAACCGCGACGUCAUCAUCACCGUCGCCAACAACGAGAACCUGAAGACAAACAGACAAGGCGUGGUUCAGUUACAAUCCAUGGAGACAAAUCUAAUGGCAAAAGGGAUUCACCUGGAGUGUGAUUCCUACUCCAACGAGUUUGGCACUACAACCUCAAGACGCGCGAUCAAGCCUUCGACGCCUUCACGACAUGGCUACCCAUCGCCGAACGAGAAUCCGGAACCAAGCUCAAGAGCUUCCAGUCAGACGGUGCACUGGAAUACCAGUCACAACGCUUCAGGACCUAUCUGGCGAAAAGGGGAAUCAGACGCCUGGUGUCUCUGCCCUACGCUCACCAGCAGCAGGGGGUCGCAGAACGCAUGAACCGGACCUUGCAGACAACGAUGCGAAAGCUACACCUGGGGAUGAGACUGCCCACCACACUAUGGCCUGACGCGAUGACACAUGCAGUCCACCUGCACAACGUGUUGUCCUCGUCAUCGCUUCCCAACAACGCAUCACC